AUGCGAAUCCGAGAACAGCAGGGCAGCCAAAUGUGUCUCGCCCUACGAAAUCGUACGAUCCUCCAGCACACGAACAAGCACGGGAUGGUGGUCCUCCGAAAGAGUUGACCGAAGAAUGGUACCGAUUGCCUUUUGGUACUAUCUCCUUAUAA